UUCCCCCGCCUCUUGCGGCCGAAUCACCCGUUCACCACACCCUCCCGCCAUGCACUGCCUCGCCCCCCACUUCCUGCUCCUCCUCCCGCUCCCCACCGCGCCCCGCCACGCGCCACCCCAGACCCCACCGCCCGCUCUCCUCCUGCCCUGCCGCCCAGCCCAAGCCCAAGCCCACGCCGCCCCGCUCCACCGCCCCUCCGCGCGCUCCCGCUCCCGCGCCGCCGCGCCGGUGUCCGACGAGGACGACGACGAGGAGGCCGACGAGGAGGAGGAGGAUGACGACGGGCUAGACAUCCGCGACGCGGACUACGACGAGGACGAUGACGGGGAGGGCGACGAGGAGCUGGAGGAGGAGAGUGGCGGCGAGGACGAGGAGGAGGGGGUUGCGGCGGCGGAGGAUUCGCGGCAGGAGACCGCGGAGCGGAGGCAGCGGUCGGAGCAGUACAAGUCGCAGCAGGUGGCCAAGCUCGUCGCCGAGGUGCGGGAGUUCGGCGACGAUAUCAUCGACUACAAUGAGCUCGCCGGGAUCUACGACUUCCCCAUCGACAAGUUUCAGCGCCUGGCUAUACAAGCAUUUCUAAGAGGCUCGUCCGUAGUAGUUUCUGCACCUACAAGUAGCGGGAAGACACUAAUCGCUGAAGCUGCAGCUGUGGCAACAGUUGCCAGAGGAAGGCGGCUCUUCUAUACGACACCGUUGAAGGCCUUGUCAAAUCAGAAGUUCCGCGAGUUCCGGAAUACAUUUGGUGAUCAUAAUGUUGGUCUUCUUACAGGAGAUUCUGCUAUCAAUAAAGAUGCUCAGAUCCUAAUAAUGACGACAGAGAUUCUGCGUAAUAUGCUGUAUCAAAGUGUUGGUAUGUCAGCAUCCGAUGGUAGAUUAUUUGAAGUUGAUGUCAUUGUUUUGGAUGAAGUCCAUUACUUAAGUGAUAUCUCACGCGGAACUGUUUGGGAAGAAACAGUGAUAUAUUGUCCAAAGGAAGUCCAGCUUAUAUGCUUGUCUGCCACUGUUGCAAAUCCUGAUGAAUUAGCUGGCUGGAUUGGUCAGAUCCAUGGGAAAACGGAGCUGGUGACAUCGAGCAAACGCCCCGUUCCACUAACUUGGCACUUCUCGAAGAAAUUUGCACUUCUACCACUUCUUGAUGGAAAGGGAAAGAAAAUGAAUAGGAAGUUGAGAAUGUCUCACGUCCAGAACAUAUCUUCUCCAAAAAGUGAAUUCUAUUACGUGAAAGGAAAGAGGAAGGUUAGAACAAAUAAAAAUGAGCAAGGUAAUAGAAGCCCAUUGGACAUAUCAAAACAGGUUCAAUUGUCCAAGCACGAGGUCACCAAUAUGCGCCGUUCCCAGGUUCCACUAAUACGUGAGACAUUGUCACAGCUUUGGGAAAACGACAUGCUUCCCGCUAUUUGGUUUAUCUUUAGUAGAAGAGGAUGUGAUGCAGCCGUUGAAUAUAUUGAGGAUUGUAGACUUCUGCAUGAUUGUGAGGCUAGUGAAGUUGAACUGGAACUUAGGAGGUUCAGGAUGCAAUAUCCUGAUGCUGUCCGGGAAAACGCUGUGAAAGGACUCUUGCGAGGAGUUGCUGCUCAUCAUGCUGGUUGCUUGCCACUGUGGAAGUCCUUUAUUGAAGAACUGUUUCAACGUGGCCUUGUUAAAGUAGUCUUUGCAACAGAAACCCUUGCUGCUGGGAUCAACAUGCCUGCUAGGACAGCUGUGAUUUCUUCUCUCAGCAAAAGAAUUGAUGCCGGACGCCAGCUCUUAACCCCAAAUAACCUAUUCCAGAUGGCAGGUCGUGCUGGAAGGAGAGGGAUCGACACAGUUGGGCAUUCUGUUCUUGUUCAGACUACUAAUGAAGGGCCUGAAGAAUGUUGUGAUGUUAUCUUCGCUGGACUUGAGCCACUUGUUUCACAAUUUACCGCAUCAUACGGGAUGGUUUUGAAUCUCCUUGCUGGUUCGAAAGUUACUCAUAAGCAGAAAGAAUCAGGUGAUGUUAAGGCUAAACGUUCUGGAAGAACAUUGGAAGAAGCUCGGAAGUUAGUGGAGCAAAGCUUUGGGAAUUAUGUUGGGAGCAAUGUAAUGGUUGCUGCUAAAGAAGAGCUUGAGAGAAUUCAGAAAGAAAUACAACACCUCUCUUCAGAAAUUACAGAUGAAUUCAUUGACAGGAAAUGCAGGAAGGAAUUAUCCGAGGAAGACUAUGCUGAGAUUUCUCUUCUACAAAACAAGUUAAAGGAAGAGAAGAAGAUACGAAAUGAACUGAAAAAGAGGAUGGAACUAGAGAGAAUGGCUGCAUGGAAAACUCAAUUAGAAGAGUUUGAAAGUGGUCACCUCCCUUUCAUGUGCUUGCAGUAUAAAGAUAAAGAUUCAGUUCACCACACGAUUCCUGCUGUUUUUAUUGGAAGCCUCAGCUCGUUUGAUGAUCAAAAGAUUGCCAGCAUGCUGGAAGAUGAUUCUAUUGGUCCAGGCAAGCAGGAAUUUGAUAACGAGGGACAACUUCUUUGCCCAUCAUACUAUGUUGCUUUGAGUUCAGAUAAUUCAUGGUAUCUAUUCACAGAAAAAUGGAUAAAAACUGUUUACCAGACAGGUCUACCUGCUGUUCCUUCAGUGGAGGGUGGGCCACUCCCUAGAGAAACCCUGAAGCAGCUCCUUUUGCGUGAAGACAUGAUCUGGGAUAAAAUCGCAAAAUCAGAACAUGGUUUUUUGUUAUGCAUGGACGGAUCCCUAGACACAUGGUCGUGGAGUCUAAAUGUUCCUGUGCUUAAUAGCCUCUCAGAAGACGACAAGGUGGAACGAUUCUCCCAGGAACAUCAGGCCGCUGUAGAAUCUCACAAGCAACAGAGGAGGAAGGUUUCACAAUUGAAGAAAACAAUCAGAAGUACUAAGGGUUUUAGAGAAUUUCAAAAGAUCAUCGACAUGAGAAACUUUACAAAAGAAAAGAUUGAGCGUUUGGAAGCUAGAUCCCGUCGUUUGACUAGACGCAUAAUGCAAAUUGAACCAACUGGUUGGAAAGAAUUUUUGCAGAUUAGCAAAGUCAUACAAGAGGCUAGAGUGUUAGAUAUCAACACCCAAGUAAUCUAUCCUUUGGGUGAAACGGCCGCAGCCAUACGAGGGGAAAACGAACUCUGGCUUGCUAUGGUUCUUAGGAACAAGGUCCUUUUGGAUCUGAAGCCAUCUCAACUGGCAGCAGUGUGUGGAAGCUUAGUGUCAGAAGGGAUCAAACUUCGUCCUUGGAAGAAUAGCAGUUUUGUGUAUGAACCAUCUUCAGUUGUUGUUGGUGUCAUAAACUAUUUAGAAGAGCAGAGAAACUCACUCCUCGAUCUCCAAGAGAAACAUGGCGUAAAGAUACCUUGCGAAAUAGAUACCCAGUUUGCUGGAAUGGUUGAAGCCUGGGCGUCAGGGUUGACAUGGAGGGAGAUAAUGAUGGACUCUGCAAUGGAUGAUGGAGAUUUAGCCCGUCUGCUGAGACGAACGAUGGAUUUACUAGCUCAGAUUCCAAAAUUGCCAGAUAUAGAUCCGGUUCUCCAGAAAAAUGCACAAAUUGCUUGCAGCGUCAUGGAUCGAGUACCGCUAAGUGAGCUUGCUGGCUGAAAGCCUGUAAAUUGUAAGUACCGCAUUGGUCAUUUGUUGUAGGUAGGCAAUUCUUUGUUGUACCAUGGACAAAUGGUUACCAGUUAGCUAAAAUAUCAUUUUUUUUAUGGUUUGUUGAUAUCUGCACAUCAAAUUCAAUUUCUGGAUAUAUGUAAUUGUAUCUACUGUUGCCGA